AUGGCCAAUUACGCCCAGGAAUCGGAAACGGGCGAUCCCGUCACCCCCGGAUUUGGAUGUGCCGAAGGCGAUGUUGAAGAGGGGGACGUCCGUCGGGGAGAGGAUUGUGAAGUAAUAGGACAUUUUGGUUCUAGGAAAUUAAAGGAUACAAUGCCUCCCCCAAAGAUAGGCUACGGCCUCAACCUCCCCUCCAAACCCACCUCUCGACCUAACCCCCCCGCGCCGAAACGCAAGAAACCUAUCUUCGGCGAAGACUCCGACGACGAUGGACCCCAACCUACUACCAAUACCAAGAAAGGUCCUAACAGCGGCGGCGGCGCAAUUGAAAUCACGACAAUAGGCGGACUAGACGAUCUCACACCUAGCAACAACCAAGAAGAAGAAGAGAAGACAGAAGAGCGCCCCGCGAAACGCAAGCUCCUCGCCCCCGGCGCAUCAUCCGGAGCGCCCAAACCACCCAACAUGAAACCGCUCAACAAGAGCUCCAUAUUUGCGGACGCCUCAGACGAUGACAACGAAGAAGCGAACACACCAACCUACGGCCUCAACCCCUCGACAUCCAAACCCAAUCCCAAAUCCAAAGACAUCGACACCACAAAACCCUACACCAACCUCUCGGCCCUCCAUAGCAGCCGCAAACACGCCGCCGAAGCGUCCGAACUUGACCCAACCAUCUACUCGUACGACGCCGUGUACGACAGUCUACACGCGAAACCCGGCAAGGACAAGAAGGCCUCCGACAGCGAGAGCGGCUCCACAGUACCUAAGUACAUGACGUCUUUGCUCCGCAGCGCGGAGAUCCGCAAACGGGACCAAAUGCGAGCGCGGGACCGGCUGCUCGCGAAGGAGCGCGAAGCAGAGGGCGACGAGUUCGCCGACAAGGAGAAGUUCGUGACGGCAGCGUACAAGGCGCAGCAGGAGGAGUUACGGCGGGUGCAGGCGGAGGAAGAGGCGCGGGAGAAGGAGGAGGAGGAGAGACGGAAGAAGAACGGGGGGUCUGGGAUGGUGGACUUUUAUCGGGAUAUGUUGUCGCGCGGGGAAGAGAGGCAUGAGGCUGUUGUGAAGGCUGCGGAGGAGGCGGCGAAGAAGGUGAAGGAGGGUGGAGCUAUUGUUGAAGAGGAGGAGGGAGAGAAGGAGAAGAGCGAGGCGCAGGUGGCGGAGGAGUUGAAUGCCAAGGGGGCGCAUAUUGCGGUUAAUGAUGAGGGACAGGUGGUGGAUAAGAGGCAAUUGUUGUCGGCGGGGUUGAAUGUCGCACCGAAGCCGAAGCAGACACAGAGGGAGAAGGAUGCGGCGGCUGCGGCGGCGUCGAGGGCAGCGGUGCAGGCUUCGAGGUUUGGGGCGCAGAGGCAGGCCGAACGCGGUGGACAGCGUGCGCGCCAGACGGAGAUGAUUGCGUCGCAGUUGGAGGAGCGGGCGAGACAGGAAGAGGAGGCAGAGGCGGCGCGGCAGAAGGAGAUUGCGGAGCGGAGUCGCAGUCGCAAGACCGAGGGAGAUGUCAUGAGUGCGAAGGAGAGGUAUCUGGCCAGAAAGAGGGAGCGCGAGGCUGCUGCGAAGAAGGCGUGA